AUGGGCGAGAACGACUCACAUCAAAUUGGCAACUUGAAGCAAGCCUUGGUUGCUGGUGCCUGUGCUGGUACAGCCGUUGAUACAGCUCUUUUUCCCUUGGAUACCAUCAAAACUAGAUUGCAAUCACAGCAAGGGUUUUUGGCCUCGGGCGGCUUUCGUGGAGUCUACUCUGGAUUACUGACCGCUGUUAUUGGAAGUGCUCCUGGAGCUUCGUUGUUUUUCGUCACAUAUGAGGCAACCAAACGCUUGAUAGGCGCCACCGUCGACAAUGCUCAAUAUGCACCACUCAUCCACAUGGCAGCUGCUUCUUGUGGUGAAACUGUCGCUUGUACAGUGCGCGUGCCCACAGAAGUCAUCAAACAGCGUAUGCAAACCAAGCAAUUCACAAAGACUUCUGCCGCUGUAUCGCAUGUUUUACGUACAGAGGGUGUUUUGGGCAUGUAUCGUGGAUUCCUGUCUACUGUGGCCAGAGAGAUCCCAUUCACAUGUAUCCAAUUCCCAUUGUACGAGUACUUUAAACGCACAUAUGCUACUAUCAAGGGUCGCCGCACCGAGCCAUACGAAGCUGCAUUGAUGGGUUCAUUAGCCGGUGCUAUUGCUGCUGCUGCUACAACUCCAUUGGAUGUGUGCAAAACUCGCAUUAUGCUCUCGACCAAGAACCAAAGCACAAAGCAUUAUGAUGGCAUCAUUUCUACUAUGAAGCGAAUUGCUGCAGAGGAAGGACCCCGUGCUCUGUUCUCUGGUAUUGGUCCUCGUGUUAUGUGGAUCUCUAUCGGUGGAAGCAUCUUUUUAGGUGUUUAUGAAAAGGCGCUCAAGACAUUUGUACAGCUUCGUGUUUUAGAUGAACGAUUUUAG